UUCCGCUCCGCCUGGGCGGCCCCUGGGCAUCCAUGGCGUACGCGACGUUCCGCCGGGUGGCCCUGGCCUCCUGCUUGGUCUUGUGCGUCUCGCUGCUGCUGCCCAGGGCCUUCCUCCCGCGGGCAUGGAGGCAGCAGGAGGGGCCCUCAGCCGCCCCGAUGCCCACCUCCACGGGGGCCGCCACCGAGGGGAAGGCCAGUCAAUUUCCUCCAACCAUGCACCUCCAAAUAUCUCCAGAAGUCAGACCAACUGCUACCCAUUUUCCAAGGUCUCAUCUUGCAGAAGCAGUUGCCAAGGCCAAGGGUGGCGGAGGAGGAAGUGGAGGUGGAGGAGGAGGUGGAGGUGGCGGCACCGGACGAGGACUUGUGGGACAAGUUAUCCCAAUAUAUGGAUUUGGGAUCCUUUUAUACAUAUUGUACAUUCUUUUUAAGCUUUCUUCUAAGGGGAAAACCACGACGGUUGAACGGAAAUGUCCAUCUUCAGCAUCUGGAAAUAUGAACAGGAAGAUCACUGACUAUGAACUGGCCCAGCUUCAAGAAAAGCUGAGAGAGACUGAAGAAGCCAUGGAGAAAUUAAUCAACAGAGUGGGACCCAACUGUGAAAGCAGGGCCCAAAAUGGUACUACUGAUCAAGAGAAAAGACUGCUUCAACAACUCCGAGAAAUUACUAAGGUUAUGAAAGAAGGCAAACUUAUUGAUGGAAUCUCCCCAGAACAAGAAGCUGAGGAAGCUCCAUAUAUGCAAGACUGGGAAGGUUAUCCAGAAGAGACCUAUCCUGUCUAUGAUAAUUCUGAUUGUUUGAAGCGCAGACAGGACACAAUUCUUGUGGAUUGCCCUGACCUGAGCCAGCCUUCUGCUGAAGAGAUAGCAGAGCAAAUGGAAUUUGUGGACGAUGAGGAUUAUUUGUGUAGUGAAACGCUUUUGUCUGCUCUCGCUAUAGUGAAUGAUGGGCCUGAAGCAGGACAUGAGAAGGACCGGCACAUCACUUUCUGUGACCAGAGUGGGAAUGGCCGCAAGUUUGAAAAAUGCUACUGUUGUCACUAUGAAGAUGACGACCCUGCUGUGUUAGCUGAGAAUGCAGGAUUCUUCUCCGAUAGCUGUAGUGACACAGAAGAGCCAACCAAAGAGGAGUCAUUGGUGGAUUCUGACCAUGAAAACUCAGUGUCCAAAGAUCAAAGUGAUGGAGAUCCAGAUGAUGUUGGAAUUCUGAGGAAGCGAAACACAAAGGGAGGAGAAUUACUGGGACAAUGAGGACAAUGUCCUCUUGUAUCAUUUCUAUAGACUGUGAUCUUUGCUUCAAGGGACAAAAGUGUACCUCUUCUGUCAUGUACCUAGCUGAAAUCCCAUAGCAAUGGCUGUUUGUCUCAGACAGGAGUUAAUGGUUCUCCUGACUCACUUAGUCCAGCAACAAUAGUGCCAACUGCUUGCUCUAGCCAACCAAGGAAUCUGAAAACAAGAUAAUUCUCCGAUAGUUUCCAUGUGCACUUUCUCUUACAGCUUUUUGUCUCCUGGCCUGAAGCUUAGUUUCACUGCAUCCUCUAGUCCUGUAUGAGGUACAAAAAGUCAUCCAGUAUCAUUUGCCUGUGAGUUUAUUUGCUGUGGGCACCUCUGACUUUACCAUUAGGCAGGUUGAGGCAGCCCAUUUCAGAUAUCAUCACAGGUAAUAAUUAAAUACUAUUUUUUUUCUGUUUGAUCCUCUUAGGAGAUACCAUUUGCCAUUAAACAUCCAGAGAAUUGAUUUGUCUUUUGAGAAGAGAUACAAAUCAUCUCAUUAUGAGAAAGUGAAAAGGAUGCUUUAAUGUCUUUGUUCUCAAGCAAAUACUAGUUGUAUAUUUCAGCUGAGAGAUAGAGAGCAACUGUAUAUUAACUGAGUGAUUCAUUCUAUCGCUCUGUAAUUAACAAAAAGCAAAGGUUUGCUCUCUCAGUCACUAAUAAUGUUAAAGGGGAAUGAGUGAUCAGUUUCACAUCACCUGCAGCUCAGCAUUUUCAGCCCUCAGCUCAGCUCACAGCUUCUUUCACAUGCUCACUUAAUUUUGUAGCCAGCCUUUUCAAAAUUUACUUCUGCUUGAAUUAUAACUGAGGAGAAGGAAGAGAAUGAUUAUGUAGGGGGACAAAACAGUUAACAAUGGACAGCAUGUUUGAUGUGGCAGAGAAGUUAUAAGCAUCUACAGGAGUCCGGUGGUUUAGGGAAUGUUUUUCUUUUUCAUUUUUGGCACUGCAUUGCAAUUCCUAGACAUGCCAUGGCAUAAGGGAUAUGGAGAGUUGCAGCUUAAAGAAAUAACUUCCAAGCUGAAGAAAAUGUGAUUCAUAGCAUAGGAAAACCCAAGAAACAAAGAGACUUCCUAGGGUCAAGGAAUGCAUAACAAAGCAAUGUAAUAUUCCUUCUUUGAGGCCCAAACUUCAUUUUUCUCAUUUAUAUUUCUCUUGUUUUUCCAGAUGCAGCCACAGAUGCUGUUAUCUAAAGUGGAACACUAGAGGGGGACAGAUGAACCUCCUUCUCAUUUAAAAUAUCCUUCCUUAAAUAUGUGGGAUUUUUUUCCUACUAAGGGUUUCUUAUUUUUAUUUUUGAUAGAACUAGUUAUAUUUUAUAAAUUAUAAUAAUUUAUUACAGCAUUUUUUCAUUAUGUAAUUGAUUUUAAAAAGAAUGCAGAAGAUCACUUUUUCUCAUUCCGGUCUGUUACAGCCUAAUCCUAGGCAUGAUUACUCAGAAGCAAACCCCAGUGUGUCAAAUAAGGCUUGCUCCCAGGGGAGAAUGGAAUACAAUUGUAGCCAGCCUCACUGAAUUUAGUGAGAUUUAUCACUGAAUUUUACAGAGCCUACCUUUGAAUAGAGAUGCAUAGGACAGUACUGCCAGUGGGCAUGUCACUCAUUGAUACAUCAUACCUAUGUAGCAUUUGUCCGGGGAUUUGCUAGGAAUCUCAGGGGAGGGGGGCAAUGUUUGUUUUCCGCCUUUCUCCCAACACGGGACUGCAGGUGACCUACAACAUAGAUUGAAACAAAGUACAGCUAAAAAAAUAAUAAUGAUAAAAAGAGUCUUAAAAACUAUAAGCUAUCCUUUUAAGACACCACUAUUUAAAACAGUAUAUAGGCAUUUUAGAGAGCCAGUGUGAUGUAGUGGUUUGAGUGUUGGAUUAUGACUCUGGAGACCUUUGUUUGAUUCCCAGCUUGGCCAUGAAACACACUGGUGACCCUUGGGCAAGUCACACACUCUCAACUGAGGGGAAGGCAGUGGCAAUCCUUUGGACAAAUCUUGCCAAGAAAACCCCAUGGGUUGCCAUAAGUUAAAAGUUACUUGAAGGCACACAAACCACAGAGGCAUUUUUAAGGUAUUUGAGCCACUUCCAUAGAACCAUUAGCUCCGUUUAGUCGUGACAUUUUCUUCAUUGUGGGAAUAGAGGAGCAUCUAGCCUGUCACUGCUUUUCCUUACAUGGAAGUGAUGGACAUAAAGUGGAGAGGUUCCAGUUUGUGUGGAGCUUUCCGCUUGUAAGCAUGCUCUCUUUUUCGGUGGAGCAAAUGGGCUUACUGAAUGGCUGAACAGGGCUGCAGUGGAUGUGUGUUAAUGGAACCUUAUGGCUUCUGCUUCCCUAAGGUUCCAUUAGCCAAAGAAGAGGCUGAAAUGUCACAUGUUUGGUCAGCAGAUGUUUUUACCUGCUUCUGUUCCAGAAAUAAGAAACUUUGAUCAUUCUACAUGGCAAGAGUUUCAGGAAAGCCUACCUUUAUGAAGUUGUUCAUCACAGUUCAGCAACAUUUUGUGGAUUAGAGAAACAUGAGUUGAAGAGUUUGCAGCAAUAAAGUAAUGGGAAAUGGUAAAUGAAAUAUUGUGAGCAUAUUUCUCCUUUUAACUUGAUAUUUAUAUUUACCUUAUUUGAGUAAAGUGCAGGACAGCAUUGCAAUACAAUUUUUCUUUUUGUUUAUGUACUGUAUAUGGUGUUUGUUACAAUGCAGAACAAAAACAAAGAAAACCAGCUUAAGUUUCCCCUUAUUCGUUUUUCGAAUAGGUGAAGUAAAAUACCAGCUGGAAUCUUAUUGGUAAGGUCCAAGUGCAGUAGACCAUUCAAUCUAUUAUUAAAUGGUGAAUCAACACAUAAGUAAAUAUAAUUGAUGAAAUGGUCAUACUAUAGUUUGGACUAACAAUAGGAUUUAGACCACCAUUUCUGCUUUCUCUUCUACUUUUAAUGCAUUACAGACAAAAAUUAUAGAGAGGAAGUUUUAUAAAAAUUAGACAGAAACUUGACUGCAGGAGAAUCUUCUGUAAUAUGGUGCCAAGAGUAAACUAGUAGCAGUUAUUAAAAAACAGUAAUUUUAGAAUACAUGAUCCAUGAGUACUUGAAAAGAAUUCACUUUAAGGUUACUUUGAGGAAGAAGGCACAAUUGUUUGAAACAAAUUCAAGUUUUAAUUUUUUUCUGCACAGGUUUUCUGUCUUGACAUAUACGAUAAUCUCUACAACAUAACACAAUGUAAUUGUGUGAAAAUACCAAAUUAGUUAUACACAUACUGAUAAAUAAAUACAUUUGCUUCAGAAUACCAAAGUGUUUUUUUUAAAAAUUGACUUCAUAAAAGCACAUUUUCUCAGAUUUAUCUAAAACGCCAUAUAGUUUGAAACAAACAAAUGCUCAACUGCUCAAACAGGACAAAACAGUCUUGUGCAAAUUGACAUAACAUUCUAAGCAUUAUGCAAAAAUAUGACUGCUUAAAUAUUUGUUCUCAGUUCUAAUUCUCAGUGCCCACCCACCCCACUUUUUUUAAACUCAAACACAAUUUAAAACAAAUUGAGACAAGAACAUUGUCAAAUUCUACUAGAAUGAUCAUUGGUUUACUUUAAGAAAGGCACAGUGAUGAAUUAGAAAAUGUUAGCCAGGGAUAAAGCACUGCUAGCAAACUUUGUUCACCUAGCACUUCCAGUUCCUGCUUUCUACAGUAGAAAAGCCAGCUGAAUUUAAAGACAAAACAUAUUUUUGAAAAUACAGUUAAAUAUUCCAGAUAGUCUGGGCUCAGUCCUACAAAUAUGUAUGCCUGGCUAUAUUGUUUCACAAUCCAUUUGGUUUCUGAUGGGGGGCACCCUUCAGAAUUACUGCACACAACAGAGAUGUGAAGAAACAUAGUAGAAAGGGAUCAACCACAGUUAGUGAGUUGUUACUGAGACAUAUAUUAGAGCUCAUUAUCAGUUAACCAUUUUUCUCCUUUCUACUACAGUAACUUCCCACUGUCUAGCCCACAACAAUGUUCAUCUUGGAUAUCAAUUAUAGGACUAGAGGCAAACAUUAUUUGUAGAGAGUGUAUUUACCCUUGAGUAAAUAUAAAUCUCCCCAUCUUUCUUGGCUCCCUAUCUUGGAGACAAGAAAGUCUCUAAUCUUCUGGCUGUUCUGGAUUGGGUUUACUGCACCUUCAAUUUAUAUUACAAAAUAGUGAUUCAUUAAACAUUUGACCAUUAUUUUGCACUAUAUAUUAUUGUACUACUUCAGAGUCAGGACUUGGCAUAAACAAUAGGGCCAAAUAAGAGACCUGCCUCCAUAUGCCAUCCAGUGCUGGACUCUUUUGAGCAAUGGUAAUUUGGCUGUUUCAGGACAUAAGGUAUAAUAACAUCAAAUUUAAUUAAUUUAAUUUAAUUUGUUUUAUUUAUAUACAGCUAUUCC